AUGGCGUUUCCGGAAACCGUACAAAAAACUGAAACAUCAUCGAAUCCACCUAAUGGAAUGGAAAACAGUCAGACAUCUCAAAGAUCAAAUCAUGUUAGCUCGGUUCUGCUUUAUGGAAUACCAAUUGUGUCUUUGUACAUUGAGGGUCAAGAGCGACUCUGCUUGGCGCAAAUCUCAAAUACUCUUCUAAAACAGUUCAGCUACAAUGAAAUACAUAAUAGACGUGUGGCGCUUGGCAUUACCUGCGUCCAAUGUACACCAGUACAGUUGGAGAUUCUGAGAAGAGCAGGUGCCAUGCCGGUAAGUUCACGGCGAUGCGGAAUGAUAACUAGAAGAGAAGCUGAGCGUCUUUGUAAGAGUUUCUUGGGCGACAACUCACCACCUCGAUUGCCUGACGACUUUGCAUUUAAUGUGCAGCAUAAAUGUGCAUGGGGAUGUCGUGGGUCAUUCUUACCAUCUCGGUAUAACUCAUCACGAGCCAAAUGCAUCAAAUGUGCAUUCUGUGGAAUGUUCUUCUCGCCGAAUAAAUUCAUUUUUCAUUCACAUCGCAUCACAACAAACGACAGGUACGUUCAGCCUGAUGCUGCCAACUUUAAUUCCUGGCGACGGCAUAUGACGCUAAGUGGAAACGCCCACGACGAAAAAAUUAUCUAUGCAUGGGAAGAUGUCAAGGCAAUGUUUAAUGGUGGCACCAGGAAAAGACUUGUUAGUAGCAAUAGUAAUGUUAAUCGCAAUCGAAAUCAAAGCUCACCAACGUCAUCGUCAGCUACUACAAUAAUAGGUGGAAGUACUUGUAGCUCACCAACUGACUGUGAGAUACUAGAUACUAAAAACAUAGCAUGCAAGGAGGCCCCACUAUCAAAGCGAUCCGUUGAUCACCAAUAUAAUUACAGUACCGUGGCUGCAGCCGCCGCUGUGGUCGGCGUUACGGCUGUAGCUGCUGCUACGGUUGGAGUACCUUUCAAUUUACAUCACUCUUCGGUCCUUUCACCCCUUCACUCGCUUCGCAACGACCACGACCUAGCAAUAAUGCCCCUUUCAAGAAAUUUUGUUGUGGACUAUAUGUGGCAGCAACAGGACGGAAUUCAUCAGCAGCAGCAAUCGAAAAAUUCGAAAAUCUGCGGCGCCGAGCCUUGCGAAUCGGCUCUUGACUUCGAAUCAUGCCCAAUGCCAUGGGCUAGGGCAGAAACGAAUAUGCCAUCAACGACAUCUAAUGCCGUUCGCUUGGGGGAGCGGGAGCGUCAUCAAUUUAAUAUGAGAAACGAAACUUCGUCUACUUCUAUUUGUGGCAUUAUUAAAAAUCGAAAGCUGUCUGAUGUCGGCAGCAGUGGUCUAACGUUUUCUGAUUAUAACAUUCCAUCGAUAUUAAGCUGCUCUGCAUUUAAACCAGUUGUCGCUUCAGCAGCAAUUGUAUCUACUUCAUUAUACACUAGGUCUAGUGAUUCGAAUAGCAACGUUUACAUUACCCCAACUCAAACGGCCCGAACAACAACAGUUCUAACGCAUAACAGUAUUACAACUGCCUCGCACCGCUUACCAACAGGAGAAGGUUUUUCGCCAAUAUUAGACACUAUCCAAUCCAAUAUUGAAAGUGAGAGAAUCAAUUUUUCGACUUCAUUAUCCAUUCACAACAAAAACAGCUCGGAUAAAUCAAUUUCAUCAGAAUCGGCUUACGGAAGAGAAAGACAUUUAUAUGAUAAUGAUGACGACGACGAUGAGGUUGUGGAUAUCGAAACAACGGAAGACGAAGUUCUUAAUGAGCAUUUCGCAGAGUGUCCACAUUCAGCAGCUGAUAUAUCAUCUGAAAGUGAAAGUUCAAGUCAUUCUCAGACACCAAGUACAAAUAUUGAUGUAGAUGCUGAUGCUGAUGUGGAUGUGGAUGGUAUUACAACGGAUGCCGAGGAUCAACUUGAGUUGAAAUCAAAUGUUUGUUUGCUCGAUAAUACUAACCGCUCCAUAUCAAACUCAAAUGGAAAAGUAAAAAUGGCUGGGACUUCCUUGAAUGCGGAACCCGAAAUUUGCGAGGAAGGCUAUAAAUGUAAUGAGGAGACGAAAGGGUUCAAUGGUCAUUUAAGAAUUUUCACUCGAGGAAAGAGUUUUAAGCACCAACCGGAACGAAAUAGUUCAAAAAAGGCAACAACUACAUUUACGAAAAAGAAAUUUUACUCGAAAUCUGUGGCCAUUAAAUCUGCUCAAUCACAAGUACAGCACAGAGUUGCCUUUCCAGUAUUCUUUAAAUCGCAAGUAAACCCGUUUAAUGAGCAUCAUCCACGACCAACGACACUGAGCCCUAACUCUCUUUCGGACUCAUCUAACGCAUGGAGCUAUCCACUUGGUAAUAUUCGGCAGCUAUAUUGUUAUGAAAGUAGCCCAACAGCCAAUAAAAAUUGUGUUGAUUUUAAGUAA